UGUUUGCUGUCACAUUGAUUUCAUAUCCGGCAUGGACUUCAUCUCGGCUCCGGACUAGCACACAUUUUUCAUCGAAUAGUCGCACACGUUUUAUACUUUGGACUUCGUCUUAGUAGCAAGGGCAGAGCACACUCAAACACACACACGUAACACACACACACACCCAAAAACGAAAUUUUGUUCAAAUCACAACGUGAAUCACAGAUUGCCCAAAGAGGCAGUUUGACUAGUUAGAUCGUUAGAUCAUUUCGGACAACUGGACGUCUAUGUCACAUUCAAGAACAUGAAUCGCACACGCUUCAAUCAUCUGCGUGCCGAUCGCGAACUCGAGGGAUUGCAGCAGGUGCCACAGAUGCCACAGAUGCCACAGCAAACGCCUCUGUCUCCGGUGCGAAAGACAACUUACACACGGGCGGAGCUGAUGCAGCGUGGACCAGGAGCAGCUGCCACUCGCUCGAAGCGUUUAUCAACACUGAAUCCAGGCAAUCGUCAGACUUCGGCGUCCGAUGCUGCUGCCAAUCGACGCACAAGCAACAUGACGCGUGCUCACUUCUUGCCACGUGUUGCACAAAUGGGCACCAAUAAUCUGAGCAACAAUAAUGCAUUGCUCAACACUGGCAAGCAGGGACGAGAUGCCAGAAAACCGCCCAAGUCGAGCUCAUAUUUGCCGAGCACCUUUGGCGCCAAGUUGCCACAGCAGCAGCAACAACACCAACACCAACAGCAACUGCAACAGUUGCUGAGCGGUUGCAGCGCCAGCAGCAGCCUAAGCAACAGCAGCAACGAUCUGCGUAAAAUCAAACUGGCCAAAGCCUUUCGACUGCCGGAUGAGCAGAAUAAAAGCUUCGUCUAUCUGUGCAAGCCGGUGAAGAAGGUGAAGGAGUUGCUGAUGGUGCGGACGCUGCACAACAGCGUCGACAAUCUGUUGCACGAAUCGGCAACCGAUGAGCUGAGCAACGAAUGCUUCAACACGAUGCAGCUGGAGUUGCCAACGCUGUUGGCGACGACGGCGGCGGCUGCGGCUGCGGCUGCGGAGAGCGACACUUGCAGCUAUUGCAGCAGCCUCAAUUUGCCACACGAAUUGGCGGAGCUGAGCAGCGCAGCGUCGAGCAGCUAUCGAGGAUUGCUGGAGACACAGCUGCAGGAUGUGCGAACCCGGGAGCAACAGUUGCAACAGUUGGCGGAGCAAGUGCAGCGAGAGCAGAGCAUGGAGCAAAAGGAGCAACAGCAGCUGACACAGCAGCAAUUGCAACAGCGAUCGGAACAGCAAUCACAACAGGAACAUCAAGAGGGGGAGCAGCAAUCAAUGAAUGAACAGCAGCAACAUCAAAAAGGAGAGCAGCAAUCACAGCAGCAAUCAGAGCAGCAGCAAUCACUAAAAGGACAGCAGCAAUCACUGAAUGAACAGCAGCAAUCAGAGCAGCAGCAUUCACUGAAAGGACAGCAGCAACAACAACCACAGCAAUUGCAGUCGUCACCGACACAGCAGCAACAUGUGUCACCACAGCAGCCAGAAUCUUUGAAGGAGCCAAGCUCAAAGAUCGAUUACGUUUGCCACAACAUACCGACGCUGCAGCGCGAGAUCAUUUUGCUGCAGCAGCUGGGCGAGAAACUGGAGGCGACGUUGCGUGCGAACAUGCAACAUGCAGUCAGUGUUGUCACUGCCACAUCAUCGUUGCAGCCACGCAGCUUGCCACAAAGUCCGCACGAUUCACGAACUUCGUUCUAUACGCCACGCUCGACGCUGACCCUCUUCGGCUGCGAUGCUGCAAGGCUGCACAUUCAACAGCUUGGCUGGCGGCGUGUGCAACAGCAACCGCCACACGUGUGGCAGCUGGCCCGUGUGCUCGGCACUCGAUGUUCGUACGGUUGCAUACGUGAGUUUCGCAUCGAGACAAAGACGCUGACACAGUUGAAGACGGCCGAUGAGACGGAAUGCUUCUAUUUGCCGCUGGCACGCGAUGGCAGCUUGCAACGCACCUCGUUUCGCAAGCUGCGCGAGAAUCCGAAUGUGUUGCUGCAACAGUUGCGUCCGCUGACGCCGUCGCGUCCAUUCAAUCUGCUCGAACAGGAUGCGAUGUUCUUCAACAGCAUGAUGUCGCAUGGCGUUGCUGCCAGCAAGUUGCCACGCGAAACGGGCGGCGAGCAGCAAGUGCAACUCGCGUUGCGCCACCCGCCGGACGAUGUGGCACGUCGUUUGCUGCUGGUGGCCACCGUCAAUGCCACCGUUCAAUGUGAGUUUCCCCCGCCCCCGCCAGCUGAGGCAACAACAAAUCCGGCCAGCAAAUCCAAGUCUUUGGCUAGUCUCAAGUCUCGUCCAUCGUUGUCGCGCUGGAAAUGUCGCGUGGCUGCCAUGAGGCAGCCACCUCAUUUGGUGGCACGUGUGCGCCAGGUGACGCCUCUGCGGCCGCAGCAUUGCGAGUUGGAGCCCCGGGUGCAGACGCAACUUCUCAAGACGGUGCUCGUCGGCAUCGCUCAGGUUGCCGUCUUCUUGGUUCUCAUCAUGGCCUUCAGCUAUCCGGAUAUUCGCUGCUAAUCUUUGGGGUUUCGGUUUUCAAUUUGUUUAACCUUUUUUUUUUUUGUUGUGUUCUUGUUUAAAGGGUUUUCCUUUUCCUUUUCUUUGGCAAGCGUUGAACCAACCCAAAAAACAAAAAGAGUAGAAUAAAAGAGAAUUCGCCCUUGCGUCUUGGUCAAUAAGUUCAACGCUCAAACAUCGCAUCGG